AUGCAGGCGAUGCUUCUGCCAGACAUCUCCAGGCUGACAGGGCUUCGAGGACUUUCCCUGAUCAGGGUUGCUGUGGCCGCACGUGGGCUCGCUGUGAGCAGGAGUCUUUCUCAUCUGGAGCGUUUGACUCUGAACCUGGGAGAUGCGAACCAAACGCUCGCCGGAGACCAUGCUGAGGAGCUUCCAUUCCCAUUGACCUUGCUUUCUCACCUGCGCACCCUGCAUAUUCGCAACGCAAUGAGUCUCCAAACGCUGCCGGCUGAUAUCGGGUCAGCAUUGCCGCAGCUGCGGAAGCUGACGCUGUUCCGUGUGGGCGAGUUGAGGGAGCUGCCAGCGAGUGUCACGGCACUGCAGAGCCUGACGUCCUUGGAAGUCAACUUGGCGAACAAAAUGGUUUCUCUGCCGCAUGACAUCGGCGCAUUAUCCCGGCUGCGGGAGCUGCUGCUCAUUCACUGCACGCACCUGGAGCAUCUGCCUGCCUCCCUCACCCAGCUUGCCUGCCUCAACGAGAUGUUGAUUCUACGCUGCUCCAUCCGCUCCCUGAGUCCCAACUUCUCAUGGCUUGCACGGCUCAGGUCCCUUCAUUUGAGUGGCUGUGCGCAGCUGCAGGCGUUGCCAGCUGACCUGAGUGAGAUGAAGGCGCUGCAGGAGCUGAUUGUGGAGGGGUGUAACCAGCUCACUGACGUUGAUUGGUCUGUGCUCCCCAGAAGCAGCAGCUAG